AUGGAUACACGCCCGGCAGAAAAGCCCCAGGGCGUUGAGCACGUCGAAGCCAGCCACGAUGACAACCCCAUCAAGAAUGAGGCCGCCAUCGAUGCCGCAACCCGCGGCCAGGCGAUGACCGGUUACGAGGAACUCAGUGUGCUCGAGACUGUGAAAACCUUCAAGCUCUGCACCCUUGUCUGCAUGGCCAUGGCCUUUAGUGCGGCGACCGAUGGAUAUCAGAUCGGAAUCAACGCCAGUAUCAUCGCAAAUAAAGGAUUCGUCGCUCGCUUUGCAACCGACACCUCCGCCGACGGAUCUCCUUCGCUCGCCUCUCCAAUCCUGAGCGGUUGGAGCUCCAUCAUGUCGUGCGGACAGAUUAUCGGCAUGACCUCCCUCUCUUUCCUCUCCAGUCGCUACGGACGAAAGGCAGCCAUGUAUACCUACUGGCUCAUCCUAGUGGGCAGCGUGAUCGCCGAGUCGACAACACGGAUUUGGCAAGGGUGGUUGAUUGGUAAACUGCUUGCUGGUAUCGGUGUCGGUGGUGUGCAAUCGACAGUACCAACGUAUAUUGCUGAAGUCGCGCCUGCUCGGAUUCGAGGUGGUCUAUUGAUGGCAUACAGUCUCUGGUGGACACUGGGUUCCUUCUUUGCGCAGGUGGCACUGCAGCAUCUCUCCAGGAGCGAUCCGACCGACUACUUGACUCCAAUCUACACGCAGUGGGCACAGCUGGGCAUCAUGCUUAUUAUCUACAUCCUUGUCCCAGAGACCCCAGCCUGGUGCGUCACAGCAGGCAAGCACGAGCGCGCCAAAAAGAACCUCAAGAGGCUCAACGGCCAUGUCAAAGACUACAACGUGGACCACCAACUGCAGGUCCUUGUCUUGGUAGCCGAACACGAACGCGCUCUUGCUGUCGAACAGAACAGGGAGCACUGGUACGAGAUUUUUCGCGGCACAAACGGACUGCGCACGCUCAUCUCACUGUGGACCACCCUAUCGCAGCAAUUCAUCGGCUUGACCCUGUUCGGCUCCUUUGGCACCUACUUCUUCCAGCAGGCAGGCAUCGACGACCCCUUCCGUGUCAAGGUGAUUACCUCGUCUAUCCAGAUCGGAACUGUGCUCGUCCUAGUCGCUAUUGUUGAUUUCACGGGCCGGAGGAUCCUCGCUUGCAGUGGAACGACCUUGUCCUGGCUGUCCUGCAUCGCCAUCGGAAUCAUCGGAGUCGCUCCGCAGGUCAAAGCAUCGACAUACAUCUUCAUCCUGUUUGCGUGUUUCUGGAAUGUCGGACUCGCCGCCAACGGUGCCACAGGCUGGGGAUACAUUGGCGAGAUCUCAUCGCAGCGUCUCCGCCCGUAUACAGCCGGUUUCGGCGCCGCGUCCACUUGCGUCGUGGGUGUGAUUAUGAACGUCCUGGUUCCCUACAUGACCAAUAAAAAUGAAUGGAACUGGGGGCUAAAGACCGGUUGGUUCUAUGCCGGUUUUGGUGCCCCCUUUGCCAUUGGAAUGUGGUUCUUGAUUCCAGAGACUGCUGGACGCUCCGCAGCCGAAUUGGAUGAGCUAUUCGAGAGGAAGAUCAAGCCGUGGAGAUUCCAUAAGACCGAGACCGCAACGCAGAGACUUGCCCAGGCGACGAGGGAGGAGGGCCAGUAA